ACAAAAUCGAUGUUGUUAUUUUUUGAGGUUGUGUUGUGCUAAACAGCCUAAACCAUAGACGGGCUUGCUUUUUCGUUUUCAUCCAGCACCCAGCCAAAAUUUGGAAGUCCCGUUAGGUGAAGCCGUGAAGGUGCCAUUUUCAGUUUGGAUACUCCUUACAGCUUAGCUUGUGCCGUUGUACUUGACAGCUCGGAUAAAUUCUUGUGUGAUAUAUGACAUCGUUCUGGACUGCCAAGAUGCCAGAAGGAGAUGGACAGCGCCGAACUGGAACGCAAGUGCGUUACGGAGGUGCCGAUUCCGAUUCGCCUCAUGCCAAGCGAAGUACUCAAGAAAUAAUCUUGGACGAGCUGAAAACCAUCACGAAAACUGCCUUUUUUACCACUGCUGUCCAGCCAUUCAAUUUGGCCCAAGUCCUGAUGCAGAUCGGUUACGAACCUUUUCCAGCACGUCCUGGAGUGGAUAUCUUUGGUCGCUCGGCAUAUUAUUUGCCAUCGGUCCUAGAUUAUCUUCAACAUAUCCGCAAGGAGGCUGGUUUCAAAGGGUUGUUUCUGGGCUUGGGACCGACUUUGGGUGUUGUGAUUGGGGGUAUUUAUGCCUACAAAGGAUCGGAACGGUUGGUGAAAUAUAUCUAUGAUGAGUGGUAUCUGGGGCGACCCGUUACGCUGGAAGUGAAACGUUUUGGAUUUUUGGAACCAGCUGACGUUUCUGGUCGAUCGUCUAACGCGAUGGAGUUCGGCAUGUUACGUUUCGAGCCGAAAGAAACUGUUGGGAUAAGCUACACUGCUGCAAACUUUGCGGAAGAUUUGCUGAAGGAAAUCAGUGUCGUUUCCCUCUCCAUGGCAGCUACGUGGCCGUUGCAAGUUAUUGCUUUUCGCACGAUGGCGCAGUUCGUGGGAGGAGAGAAACUAUAUGACGGCUUGAUUGGAUCCAUACAGGAGAUUGCCAACACAGAAGGUUUAUCGGGGUUCUUCAGGGGUUUGUUUCCCAUGUGGUACAGUUACGUUUCUGUGACGUCUGUUACGUACAUUGCGGUUUUUGCUUAUGCGUCCUAUAACACCACAAAUCCGAUCAAUCUACGUCUUGUUGCGGCAGCAGCAGGGGCUGUCGCCAACAGUUUCUUCUAUCCCCUCAAACUGACCGCUCGUUUAUUCGCCAUUAACGGGGCUCGACUGGCUGCAGCGCGACCUCCUGUUACUCCGCAUUUUGCGAAAUGGAGGGAUUUGCACAAUUAUCUUGUGCUUUCGGGUGAAAGCAAGCGCGGUAGUAGCAUGAUCUUCCGGAAGGUGACUGGUCCAAAAGUUCCUAACAAAGCUGACACAUCAGACUGGGCACCCCCUGUAAAAAUGUAUCGAACUCAUAUGGAGAAAGCCGACAAUUGGCACCAGAAAAGCACGUCCAUGCAGUUGAUGUCGCGUCAUACUUCGGGAUUGCGCUUUGUUUUUUGAAGGAUUGCAUAGUGUACUUUGUUUCAUGCUGGAUGUUGUGAAAAGCAUGAAUCAGUGGCGUUACAAUAACAUGCGGAGUGGACAUGACUUAUUGCUGUACGGCCGUAGCAAUUUUAUUUCGCUCAUAAGGCUUUUCCAAAAACAGGUUGUUUUGUUAUAGGUAUUUGUGUGUUCAUUUACUGAGAAUCUACGCAUUAAAUUAAUCAUUAUCGUGUGAUUUAGGGAA